AUGGGGCCGACUUCGAGUCCACAGUCAAACAAAAGAAUGCCAGCAAUCCGCAGUUUGCAUUCCUUUACAAUGGCGAAGGUUCUGAGUACUACCAGCAGGUGCUCGCAACGCACCGCAGUACGCAGGCAAAGGUGGCUGCAAAGAGCUCAGCCCCGACGCCCCAGGCUUGCCCACCGGCCGCAGCUGCUCCUUUCGCUGCGCCCGCGUCUGGGGGCAGCUUGGCAUCCCUGCUGCGAACGGGCCAGGCUCCGCCGCCGGUGCCUCCCACCCCACCUCCGGCGGUCAAUCAGCGGCAGGCUGGACAGGAGCGGCAGCGCGGUGUCACCUGGAAUUCGCAAGGAGCUGGGCAUGAGGCCUUCGGGCUUCCAGGCCCCGAAGCGAUUUGGAGUACCUGGGGGACUGCAAACGCCGGAGACAGUACCUGUCGGAAUCCUUUCCAACAUGCUGGCCAAUGCCGCAAAGGAUCCGGUGAUGAAGCAUGUCAGGUACAGGCCCCUCGAUCCCGCCUUGACGCCGCAAGUGCUGCCAGAGGUCCCCACUGCUCAGUUGCUGGGCCGGGUGGAAGAAUUCUACGAGGACCUGCGAGAAGAGGAUUCCUCCAGCAGCAGCUCCUCCCGCUCCAGAUCCAGAGAGCGAGCGAAAGGCCGCGAGGCUGUGCGAGGUUUUGGUGCGAUGAGCGCUGUGCCGCCUCCUAUUUGUUAA